CAGGUUGGCAGGGUUGGCAACGUCAUCACCAUUCCUCCUCUGCCGAUUCCGACAUCCGACUGCCUUCUGUCAAUCGCAAUCAAAUUAAGAUUGUUUAGGUUAUGUGAUAAUGGGUCUCUGUAAAUGCCCCAAACGUCGAGUAACAAACCAAUUUUGUUAUGAACAUAGAGUCAAUGUGUGUGAAUACUGCAUUGUUACCAACCAUCCAAAGUGUGUUGUGCAGUCAUACUUGAGAUGGCUGCAGGACAGUGAUUAUAGCCCAACAUGCGUUUUGUGUUCCAAGGACUUGAUUAUUGAUGACUGUGUUCGGCUUACCUGUUAUCAUGUGUUCCACUGGGUAUGCCUGGACCAGUUUGCUCGCAGGAUGCCCCCCACCACGGCCCCUGCAGGCUUUACAUGUCCGUCGUGUAAGGUUUGCAUUGUCUGUACAGAUGUGUUCCACUGGGUAUGCCUGGACCAGUUUGCUCGCAGGAUGCCCCUCACACAGCCCCUGCAAGGUUCACAUCUACAGUCCAUCAUGUAA